AUGCCAGAGGACGCGCCCGAGCUGCGCAUUCGCGCCGUCGCCGGUCGCUUCUACGCCCACGACGCGCGCGCGCUGGCGGCGGUGCGUCGAACCAAUCGCAUCGUCGGCGCCGCCGUGGGCGCGCUCCCGGGAUAUCGCUCGCAGGACGUCGCGCGGGGGUUGCCGGUGGAACUCGCGGCGGAGGAAGUCGCGCUGUGCGUCGCGCGCGGUUGGGGGGUCGUGACGUGUGAACGGGACGUCGAGGCCGAGGCGCACGCGGAUGCGGUGCGGGAGCGAACGUGUGGGAAAGCGGCGCCGUCGUCGGGGACGGGAAACGGACGGGCGCGGCGACGGGACGAUCGCGCGUGGGGCGGCGGCGGCGGGACGCGGACGAAGGCGGAGAAAAAGAGACGCCGCGGAUGGGAGCGCGCGGUCGUGGACGGAGAGUUCGUGGACGUGCCGCUGGAGAACGCGUACGAUGGUGAGGUGGGUGGGGUGGGGGAGGUCGGGGGGGCGACGCGGGCGGCGCGCGAGCGAAUCGCGGCGUUUCGGGAUUUACACGACGCCGGGUUUUACAUGACAUCCGGGGCCAAGUUUGGGAGCGAUUAUCUGGCGUAUCCGGGAGAUCCCAUGGUGUUUCACGCGCAUUACGCCGUGCGCGUCGCGGCGUGGGAAUCGGUCAUCCAUCCGCUCGCGCUCGCGGCGUCGACGCGCACGGCGCACGCCGCGCGGAAAAAUUUCGUCGUCGCCGCCGCGCGCGCCGCGGACACCACCGCCGCGCGCUUCGACGCGCGCUUCUUCACCCUCGAAGCCGACGUCGAUCUCUCGUCCAAUCGUGGAUAUUAG